GCGCGCACGUUGCUGUCACAGUAGGAAAUGCAGGCUGUAUUGGUGUUCCAGCGACACAUCUAUAUUUAUUGAUUGAGGAAUUUAAUUUAAAAUAAGGAUAUACUAUUUAGAAAUGAAAAAGUAGAACACAAUUUAAUGUCUGUUUCAGGUAAAACUGCUUCCUGUUACUAUGUCUAAGAAGAGUAGUUAGCUAGCCAACUCAGACAGAAGCCAAUUUGCUAGGCUAACAACACCAUAGCUAAAUUAUUAGCCAGAAACCUAGCAAACGUUAGCUAGCAAGCUAGGCUAGUUUGGGGGACAUUGUGCCUCCUAAACUGCUCGAACGCUUUCGUUAUCCUUCUUUUCGCAUAUACGGUUUCGCCCACUUCCGAUUUUUUUUACGGAGGAGUUGAAGGAACCGGAGCUGUGGGGGGGAAGCAAACAAGAACCCCAUGGGCGUCCAGCCGGACCGAUCACGACGUAGACACGCGGGCCGUGGGUGAGAUCAAAGAGACACCAUGGCCGAAAUCUCCACCCUAACCCCCUCACCUUCAGCUUUAGGAGAUCCCCAUGCCUCUGCACCCACCCCCCUGUCCUCCACUGCUCUCCCUGCCCCCAGCAGCCCUGCCCCAGAGUCCACCAAGGUUGCCCCCACCCCCAAAUCAUCUCUCUACGCCCUAAUGGGUGCUCCCUCUGCAUCUCCUAUGGGACAGGCUCCAGAAACACAUGCGCAAGAGACACCCCAAAAAGAACCCAAACCACUUCUACCAGACGUAGCUUUAGAGAGUCCUGCCUUACCACUCAUAGAUGAAGAUGUGCCACAGAGGGAUGGAUUGAGAGGCAUGGGAAUAGAGAGAGAGGGGACCCCAGGGUUCGCUGCCCCGCGGGAGGGCAGUGACCCAGCGGGUUGGGAGAUGAUAAAUGCCCCUACAGAGCCCUCUGUACUCGUCCCAAGUAAGCCAGUGGCCCAAGUGGCAGUAGAGCAGACGUCCCCUCCCCCUGAUCUUAAUCCUAGUCCUAAUCUCUACCCGAGUGUUCACGUCACCCAGACCCUUAAUCCAACUACUGGGGAUGCUCAGUCUGUGUUGAGCCCACCUCCAGCCCCCGCAGCCCCCCCAGCCCCUCCAGCCCCCGCAGCCCCUGCUCCUACCCCUCCUCCCCCUGAUCCCACCCAAACAAUCGCAGCCCCAGCUUCAGCCACAGGUCCAGCCCCAGCUUCAGCCACAGGUCCAGCCCCAGCUUCAGCCACAGGUCCAGUCUCAGGUCCAGUCGCUGAAGACGAAAAGCCCCUGCCACCACAAGAAGGCGAUAACCCUCAACCUCAAUCCCCCAUCCAGUGUCAGUUACCCAACACACCCACUCCAUUCAAAGGCUCGGAGCCACCCAACAGCCCUUCCAGAGGGGUGCCUCCCAGUCCCCCAGUCCUGGUGAUCCAGGAGCCAGCUCCCCCCUUCUCCCUGCCCAACUCUCAGCCCCGUCCAGCCCUUGACAGCCUCAGCUACCUAGAGUCAGCCAGCAUGAUGUCUGGCACCCUGGAGUCCCUCUCUGGGCUGGGGGAGGAUGGCAGCUCCGUGGGCUCUGACUCGGAGGUCAACGGCCAGGCCGUCAGACGCACGGACAAGUAUGGCUUCCUCGGCGGGAAUCAGUACAGCGAGGACGGUGAAAAGGAUCUUCGAAUCGAUGUGGCUCGCCAGCGAGAGAUGAAGUGGCUUGAUAUGUUUAACAACUGGGACAAGUGGGUCUCCAGGCGCUUCCAGAAGGUGAAGCUACGCUGUAGAAAGGGGAUCCCCUCCUCUCUCAGGGCCAAAGCCUGGCAACUCCUCUCCAACAGCAAACAGCUUCUGGAUGAAAACCCGGGCAAGUUCGAGGAGUUGGAGAGGGAGCCGGGAGAUCCGAAAUGGUUGGAUAUCAUAGAGAAGGACCUGCACAGACAGUUCCCCUUUCACGAGAUGUUUGCGGCUCGUGGUGGACAUGGACAGCAGGACCUGUACCGCAUACUGAAGGCCUACACUGUCUACCGUCCUGACGAGGGCUACUGCCAGGCCCAGGCUCCAGUAGCGGCUGUGCUGCUGAUGCACAUGCCUGCCGAGCAAGCCUUCUGGUGUCUGGUGCAGAUAUGUGAGAAGUACCUUCCUGGUUACUACAGUGCCGGCCUGGAAGCGAUUCAGUUGGACGGAGAGAUCUUCUUCUCCCUGUUGAGGCGAGUGUGCCCCAUGGCCUACCGUCACCUCAAGAAGUUCAAGAUCGAUCCCAUCCUGUACAUGACCGAGUGGUUCAUGUGUGUGUUCUCGCGCACCCUGCCGUGGGCCUGCGUGCUACGCGUGUGGGACAUGUUCUUCUGCGAAGGGGUGAAGAUCGUGUUCCGGGUGGGCCUGGUGCUGCUGAAACAGAUGCUGGGGUCUGUGGACAAGCUAAGGGAGCUUCAGGGCAUGUACGAGACCAUGGAGCGCCUGAGGAACAUCCCCCCCGAGUCUAUCAGAGAGGAUCUACUGGUGCAUGAGGUCGUCUCCAUGGAGGUGACCGAGGCCCUGAUAGAGAGGGAGUGCAGUGUCCAGGUCAGGAAGUGGAGGGAGUCCCGGGGGGAGCUGACCCACCAGCCUAGCCGCCGCCUUCACGGGACGAGGGCCAUCCAUGAGCACAAGCGUCGGGCUGCCUCCAUCAGCUCAGGGGGCAGCUUCUCCUUCCUGGGGGCCUCCAUCCCCCCUCCCGGCCCCCUCAGGGCCUCCUCCAGCCUGCUCUCUCUGCCCGGCUUCCGCAAGUCCAAGCUCCCCUUCCGCUCCCAGCCCAAAAAGGGCUCCUUCUCUGGGGGCUCAGGAAUGGAGGCCUUACCUCCACAACACCCCUCUGUAGCGGCCUCCAGCCCUAGCCGGGCUCCCAUCCACACACCACCACCACCCAUGUCUGCGGCUGGAACCAAGGCACGGGCACCUCAAAGCCCUCUGGCGGUGCCCUCCCCCGGCUCCGCAUCUGCUCCCGCCCAGGCCUUGCCAGCAUCCUCAGCGCCGGCACAGCCUGGGGCUCCUGCUCUGACCCAGCAACCCCAGCCCCCCCGCCUCUCCCCCUCCUCCAUGGUGGUCUCUGAGCAGAUCACCCCCACCCUGCCCUCGCCCACCGCCAAUAACGCGGUGCUGCCGCCCCGCCCGGACGGAGGAAGAGGAGCAGCAGCGGGAGAGGAAGAAGACGGGAAGAAGAAGAAAAGGAGCAAGGAGGACAAGAAGAAGGAGAAGGAGGAGGAGAAGCAGAAACUAAAGGAGAGGAAGGAGAAGGAGAAGUCCGAGAAGGAGAGACAGAGGAAGGAGAAAGAGAGGGCGGAGAAGGAGAAGAAGAAGGAGAAAGGGGGGAAGAAAAAGGACAAGGUGGGUGGAGGAGGAGGAGGGGGAGAGGCGGAGGAAAAUAAUGGAGGCGCUGCACCAAGAGAUUCGGCCUAGUUUCUCGACCGCCGUUCCAGUUGAGUGAAAAAGGGGCGAGAAGAAAAGACCCCAAGAAGCGGAAAGAGGGGGGGGGGGGGUCGACGGGACGGUACUGCACCCUGAAGACUACUCAAAGGAUUAUUAUGGAACAAACUGGAUCGUGGUUUUAUGAGCACUGAGGGGCUUAGGCCUCACCACCCCCACACUUUCUUAAUCAACGAGUUGAAUUAGUUAGAGGGGACAUGUUUGGUUUGUGUAACUGGAAAACAGGCUGUAUGGCUAACAGGAUCCCACACAGUCAUCAUCUCAAUUUUCUUUUAAAGUUUGAAUUUAAAUCUUGUUUUUAUUUGGACUAAUGGCUGUGGAGCGAGAUCGCGGGUUAGAAGGAGUUGGACGGAGAUUCGAUGGUGCCAUAAGUCGUGUAAAUAGACCACCCUGUCCACGGUGGAUCCUUGGUUCCCCACUUACAGUUUAAUCUCUCACUUGUUGUCAGGUCAAGGCCUGGAAGAAAAAGAAGAAAACCGUUUAAAUGUCUCCAUUCCAGGCACUGACGACAGUGAUGGUAGUAAUAUUGUAAUUGGAUGUUUGGGAGGAUAUAUUUAUUGUAGUGUUAAGUGUUCGUGUGUGAAUGUGUGCCUUAGUAGUGUAGUGAAAUGUGUUACUGUUCUGUGUUGUAGCCCUCUCUCCCUCUCUCCCCCUCUGCUCUCUCUCUCUCUGCUCUCUCCCUCUCUGCUCUCUCCCUCUCUGCUCUCUCUCUCUCUGCUCUCUCUCUCUCUGCUCUCUCCCUCUCUGCUCUCUCCCUCUCUGCUCUCUCUCUCUCUGUCUCGUCUGAUCGCCCUCUGUUCCACCAUCGUGUUCCCUCCCUCUCAUUUCAGAAUAGGAGGAUGAUAGUAGGUCAGGCUAACAGAGAGAUCCACACUGGGAUAAGUAGGGGAAGGCAAUAGAGGUAUUAACAACCAGAACCUGGAACCUUGCAUGGAUAUUUCCUGACUAUUGGUGAAAUGUACUGUACUGUACGUGUGUAUAGUGUCCCUGACAACAACCACACUGGGAUAAUUUCAAUGGUUUCUCUUGUUGUAGCAGCCUUCUCUUAGAUAUUCUUGCAGUGAUAGAUGAUUAGAUUUGGCUUCUGGUAAGUGAACACUGGCCCACCAGUUAACAUUACCGGUCUUAAAUUGUACUCUCAGUGACUACCCUGAAUUUGCCCUUUAGACCAAAUGUCAAAACAGUAUUUUCUUUUUUCUUUUCUUGCUUUUAGGGAAAGGAAAUGUAUAUAAAUUAUAUAUUUUUAAAUUAGCCAAAUAAUAAGGGUGAUGAUUUUAUUAGCCCAUUAGAAUGUGAUUUUUGAUAGAUUUUUUUGUUUUGUUUGUGUGUUUUUUUUGUUUUUCAUUUAUUUGUGAACGAAGGAUUACAACGGUAUUCUUUUUUUUUGUUGCACAACCCCAUCACAAAGCACCACUAAAGUUGACCACUCCUGUUCUGGCAUGUUAUUGCAGAUCUUGAGUCACUUCUGGUUAGCUAGUUUCAUCUCCUGAAUCUGCGCCUUUAGGACCCCUCUGUUUACUAGGGGUGUGCCAAUGUACUGUAACUGACCCUUCAGGCUCCAAUGUAUUUAUGUAUAAAGUUGGUUAAUUUAAGCAGA